AAGAAAAGAAAAAUUGCAUGAAAUGGAUCUUCUCUGCAAUGCAUAUUCUAAUUCCUCCGAUGAGGAACUCGAACCCGAUAACAGACGCAUCCCCCUACCCGGCUCACAAACCAAACCAAACUACAGACCCGAAUUCAACCCUCCUUCGUCUAAGCGACUGAAAAUUAACAGCAACAAGCCUCCAAAUACUCCAAAUGAAGCUCCGAUUGCUGGGAGAUACAUAUCCAAGCGAGAACGAGCUCUCAUGGGUCAACCCGACGGUGCUGCAGCCUUGGAGUCUAACCCGAACCCCUCUAUUUCCAAUUCAUCUGUUUUGGCUAGUAUUACAAAUUCAGAUCUUCCCCGUGACAUUUUGUCGUCCUUGAGACGAGAAAAGGGUCACAGUCCACAGCUAAGUCAAAUAUCUGAAAGGCUGUUUACAUCCCUGCAUAGCCAUACAAAAGCUGUCAAUGCUCUCAGCUGGUCGCAAAGUCAUGCUCAUCUUCUUGCCUCUGCUGGGAUGGAUCAGACCAUCUGUAUAUGGAAUGUGUGGAGCAAUCAGAAACUGGCACGAAUAUUGCGAUUUCACAAUGCAGCUGUGAAAGAUGUGAAAUGGUCGCAACAAGGAUUUUCUGUGCUUUCCUGCGGAUAUGACUGUGCAUCAAGACUGAUUGAUGUUGAAAAGGGAAUAGAGACUGAAGUUUUCAAAGAGGAUCAGGUUGUUGGGGUUGUCAAGUUCCAUCCAGACAACUCCAAUCUCUUCCUUUCUGGGGGAUCGAAGGGGCGCAUCAGAUUUUGGGAUAUUAGAACCAGAAAGGUGGUCCAUGAAUAUAUUCGAGGUCUAGGCCCAAUACUUGACCUUGAGUUUACCAAUAAUGGCAAGAGCUUCAUCUCAUCUAGUGAUGUCAGUGGAGUUAAUGUUAGUGAAAAUUCUAUUAUGGUUUGGGAUAUCUCCCGACAGAUUCCCCUGUCCAACCAGGUUUACGUGGAAGCAUUUACGUGUCCCUGUAUAAGGAGCCAUCCAUUUGAUCCAUAUUUCGUCGCACAGUCAAAUGGAAAUUAUAUUGCAAUCUUUUCUUCAAGUUCCCCAUUCAAGUUAGACAAUUAUAAGAGGUAUGAAGGCCAUGGAGUAUCUGGGUUUCCCGUCAAGUGCAACUUCAGCUUAGAUGGCCAGACUCUUGUGUCUGGCUCCUCCGACGGUUCCAUAUAUUUUUUUAACUAUAGAUCAUCCAAUUUUAUAAGGAAAAUCAAGGCAUUUGAACAGGCAUGUGUAGAUGUUGCUUUCCACCCAAUAAUGCCUAAUGUGGUUGCUGCAUGUAGUUGGAAUGGUGAGGUUUCCCUUUAUGAAUAAGGGCUUUAUAUUGUACCACAACUGCUGGUUGUUAGAACUUAGAAGUAAUAGACAGACGAGCAAAUUUUAGAAGCAAAUUUUUUGAAAGCAAGCUUGUUACUUUAUGCUAUUGAGCGGUAUAGUGAUGAAUGAGCGAAAAAUGUCGCUAAGGGUCGUAACUUGUUAGAUGAUUCUUUUAGUGCCUAGCCUGUAUCAGUAGCAGUUAUUUGUUCUUGACUAAGUUGCGAGUUUAGUUGUCUGAUUUUCCCUUUUCUAUUGAUAAUUUUCUAGGUUGUACUGUAAAUCACUAGCAAUUUUAUACCCAGGUUUGCUCUCUUA